GGAACUUGCUAGAGGAGAACACCCAUUUUCACGACACGGCUAGAAGCAUAGAACGACACGAUCAGGAUUGGAGUGUUACCACAACACCAAUACCGCUAUCCGCACCGACCGGCAGCCCGCCGGACAGCGUCACCUGCUCGUCAAUUUCACCGCAACAUUCUCUCAUCCCAACAUCAUCACCAUCGCCAUCUCAUCAAUAUCCCGAAUUAAAACCUCACUACUUUCACAUCCCCAUCAUCUCAUCACUGCCCGAAGUCCCCUAGUCUACUACCGCAACUCUCAAAAUGGGACCCAAGCCCACCCCGAACCGCGCACUCUCUCUCACGCGCACCGAAAAGACCGAACUGGCAACCACCCUCGAGCUUCUCACCCGCCUCUACGUCCGCAAUCUGAACCAGCACCGCCGCAGCCACUGGUUCAGCUCCCUCGUCGCGUUCCGCAAGCAACUAGGCCUCCUGCUCGGAGAAAUUGAGGCCGCUACUGAGGGUAUCAAGAGCUUGAAGGGGAAGAAGGCGCAAGAGGCGAAGGAAGAGAGGGAGAGGAAAGUCACGGAGAGGCUGGGGUUUUGGGACGAGGUGUGCCAUGGGUGGUAUUUGACGUUCACCCAGCUCCUCGCGGCGGGCCAAUUCGCGGUACUUGGACUCGUGCUUAUGGCCGCGGUGGCGAGGGUAUGCAAGCUAGUCGGCAUUACCGAGUUCUAUCAGGACUUUGCGAGCGAGGAUAUGAAAGAAGUCUUGCAGGGUGUAGCUCAAGCAGGAGACGAGGGAGAAGAUUUCGGGGAGGUAAUUGAGAGGACUCAAUUCGGGGAUGAAGGCCUUGAGUUCUGAACCAACGGACGAUGGAUCGAAGGGCCUCAGGAGGGCGGGCAACGAUUGAGAUGCAUUUGGGGUCUGGUUUUCGGGU